AUGGAGAACUAUCAAAAGAUCGAAAAAGUUGGCGAGGGCACAUACGGUGUUGUUUACAAGGCCCGUGAUCUCACGCCAGGCGCUAAUGGCCGCUUGGUUGCUCUGAAAAAGAUCCGCCUUGAGGCAGAGGAUGAGGGUGUACCGUCGACUGCCAUCCGCGAAAUCAGUCUGUUGAAGGAACUGCGGGACGAAAACAUUGUCCGCUUGUACGAAAUCAUUCAUCAAGAGUCUCGUCUCUACCUGGUUUUUGAGUUCUUGGACUUGGACCUGAAAAAGUACAUGGACAAUGUUGCGGACAAGCCUGAGGGUUUAGGCCCCGAAAUUGUCAUGAAGUUCACCUACCAACUGGUACGCGGCAUUUACUUCUGCCAUGCACACCGCAUCCUCCAUCGUGACCUGAAGCCGCAGAACUUGUUGAUUGACAAGGAGGGAAACUUGAAGCUGGCUGACUUCGGUCUCGCGCGUGCCUUUGGUAUUCCGCUGCGCACAUACACCCACGAAGUCGUGACAUUGUGGUACCGCGCGCCAGAAGUGUUGCUGGGCUCGCGUCAUUACAAUACAGCCAUCGAUAUGUGGUCCGUGGGCUGUAUCUUCGCUGAAAUGGCUAUGCGUACACCCUUGUUCCCAGGCGACUCGGAAAUCGACGAGAUCUUCCGCAUCUUCCGCACCCUUGGCACGCCCAAUGAUGAGGUAUGGCCCGGUGUACAGUCCCUGCCCGACUACAAAACGACUUUCCCCAAGUGGAACGGCGUCCCUCUUAAGUCGGCCGUUUCCGGUUUGGACGACACCGGCCUCGACCUCCUGCACCACAUGUUGAUCUACGAUCCAGCCAUCCGGAUAAGCGCUAAACGUGCACUGCAGCAUCCGUACUUUGCCAGUGUAUCAGCCGCCUAA